UUGGCGCCGCGCUGUGACGUCACGCGGCGGCCCGGCCGAUGACGUUGUCUGGAAGCGCGGGGCUGCGCGACGGACUCCGAGCUGCCGUCCCGCCUUUCUCUCCUCCGCGAUCAGGGAGCAGUGUGAGCGAUGGCUCUGGCGCUGAGGUGCCUCCGCCCUCUCCCGUCCCUGCUGCGCCGAUCCUCCUUUGCCGGGGCCCGGGCGCUGCCCCAGGCUCCCCGAGGCUGCCCAGCCCCGCUCCUGGAGGGCUGCUGCCAGUGUGUGCAGCACAUGCUGCUGAGCAGACAGCUGGCUACCAAAAAAGCUAAAGGUAAAGGGCAAAGUCAAGCCAAAGUGAAUAUCAGUGCUGCCCUAGUUGAGGAUAUUAUCAAUUUGGAGGAAACCAGUGCAGAUAUGCAGGCAGUCAUAGAAGCUCUGAAAGAAGAUUUCAACAGAAAUCUCAAUGUUAGGACCUCACCAGGGGCCCUGGAUCACAUAACUGUGAUGACAAAAGAUGGGAAGUUUCCGCUGAACCAGCUGGGGCAGAUCUCACAGAAGUCACCGCAGCUCAUGAUAGUGAACAUGACCAAUUUUCCAGAGAGCACAGCUGCAGCUGCCAAGGCCAUAAGGGAGAGUGGCAUGAACCUGAACCCAGAGGUGGACGGGACGGUGAUUCGGGUGCCAGUUCCCAAGGUCACGAGAGAGCACAGGGAGAGCCUGGCCAAGCUGGCCAAGCAGUCCACCAACAAGUCCAAAGAGGCCCUGAGAAAGGUGAGAAGCAAAAGCAUCACCCAAGUAAAGAAGUCCAAGAACAAAGUGUCAGAAGAUACCAUCUGGCUGCUAGAAAAGCAGAUCCAGCAAAUGGCAGAUGAGGCUGCCUCAGAGAUGGACAAGCUGCUGGCAGCAAAGACCAAGGAGCUGCUUGGAUAAACACCAUGCCCAUGGCCACACUCCCCCUGGAGCAGGAAUGGACUGGCACACACACAGCAGCCUCAGGGAUGGGCAGGGGCAGCUCUGUGCCUUGGCUGCUCCCCCUGCCUACCUUGGGCUGUGCUGGAGGGAAGGGGAGCUCUCCUUGCUGUCCUUUACCCAGGCAGGAACAGAAUUGGAUGAACUGAGAUCAAAAAUAAAGUAUCAGGAAGAACUGGAGACUGCUGGAGGCUCAAAGGAAGGAUUGCCCUGCUCACUUUGUGCCCCAUCUUUGCCCUGUACCAUCAGUCCUCUUGAGCCAGGACCACCCACGAGAGGAACCUGCCUGGCCUGCUGCAAACCUCAGCAUUUAUUUUUGCUUGAAAUAAAGCCAAAAUGAGGUGUGAAGCAGCAGCCUCACAACA